GGAGAACUGGGAUCUGACUGAAGGCAAAAGGACAGAUUUAAUUUAAUCUCUAAACACAGUGUUAUCAAGCUACUUAUAUCUCUGACUCUGGUAUCCAUGUUCUCCAUGGAGGUCAGUGAAGAUAUGCCAGUGUGUCCUGCCAACCUCUCUGUUAUGACUGAUAAUCUGGCUAAUGGAGAUCAACAGAUGCUCUUAGAGACCCUGCAGCAGAUAGAAAUCAUAAACACUCCUUUGCCAUUAGUGGCAGUUGCCAAAAAGGAGAAAAAUGUCCACAAAGAUGAUAAGUAUGACUAUGCUGAGGAACAAGAACAACAAAAAGCCAGGCACACACAAACCCAUGAAACUGACAGUGAGAUAGAGAGGAUGCGGUUGGAUUUUGAGCUGACUGUACUGAAACGGCAGCAUGAGGAGAAUGAUAAGCAACGGCUGCAUGAGGAAAAGAUGGAGCACAUACGCCAGGAAUCACCCUCCAGGAGUGGUGCUCAUGUGGAAGAAGAGCAAUUUGGGGGUAAGCUGGACCCCAUUACAGAAAUUGAACUGGAGAAGAUGCGCAUGGAGUUUGAACUGGCCAAACUGAAGCACAUCUCUGAGGAGAAUGAGAGGCAGCGACAACAUGAACAAAAACUGUAUGAAGAGAAGGAGAAACAGAGGCAGCAUGAAGAGAAGAUGGAGCAAAUGCACCAGAAGCAAGGAAACCUUCAUAUAGUGAGCCAGAAAAUAUCUGGGUGUGGCCCAGCAGAGGCCACAGCUGAAACAGCUUCUGUGGCCUUUGCUGAGAUCGGUAAGAUGAGGAUAGAGCUCCAGCUGGCUUUGGAGGUAUACACGCCAGAGAUAAAAGAAAAGAAGCUCUCCAGAGAGCAAAAUGGGCAUCAAAAGAUUCCAAAACGUGAACAACAAGUGGGGACCACCUCAGAGGUAAAAAAAGCUGAAAUGCCCCCAGAGCAACGGAAUGAUGGGGUGACUGAACACCUGGGCCUGCAGGUGCCACGCAUUGUGGUCAAUGGGGCAGAGUCCCAUUGGUCAAGCAGCAGGCUGGACUUAGCCAUCGAGACUGAAUUGGAGAAAAGGCGGAUGGAAUUUGAACUGACGAGGCUGAGAUAUGAGCAUGAAGAGAAUGAACGUCAGCGCCAGCAUGAGCAGAAAAUGGAACAGCUGCGUCAGCAAGUAUCACUCAAGGAUAUAGCAUAAGAUAUACAGGGUUGUGAAUGAGGAAUCCAUGUAAUUACUGCUGCACACCUUCCCUUUAAGAGGCUGAGGUCACUGAGGUCACUGUUCUGUAUAACUAUAA